AUGGCGGAGAGGAAAAGCAGCAAGAAACCACAGAGCCUAAACGACAGCCACUAUCGCCUCCUCCAAGACCUCGGUUCUCCUUCUGCUAAACCCUUUUCCAGACUCGCUGAGGACGAUAAAGAGGAAAUGGACGACUUAAAGCCAUCUAUGGUGAAGAUCGAAGGCAGAGCUUCAUCCAAAGACCAAAGCAACAACGACAACAACCGCAGUGAUCAUAACAUUCCCCAUUUCUCACUCACUGGUUUUGAUUCUUCUCCUGAAACAAUUGUAGAACCAGAAAAACCCACAAAGGUUAAGGUUGAAGGUAGACGGCGUCUUUGUAAAAUCUCAUCGCGGCAAGAAAAUGCUCCAGCUGAGAAAGCAGCGGUGCUUGAUGAGCCCAAUUUUUCUGAUAUUACUGAUUUUGAGUCACCGACACUGCCUCAGAGGAAUGCGAGUAAGACUAGUGCCAACACUGGUGGGAAUGAGAUUAGGGAUAUUCUUGAUGACUUGAGCUCGAGGCUUGAGUUUCUGUCAAUCGAGAGGAGGGGUGCCAGAAAAGCUGACAUGGUUGAAGGUUCUUUCCCUUCAGCUAUUUGUAAAGAAGUUGACGAUGGAAAGAAAGUUGAUUUGCCUGAGUAUGAGAGUGCGGGCUCUUCAUUUUCACUUGCUUCUGACAUGUCUGAUUCUUCUUUAGAUGCUACUAAGAAGGCUAGAAAUGGUGUUGAGAGUGUGGUAGAUGAUUAUGAAGAUAAGGGACUUAUUCAAUACGAGCCUGAGGGUGACAAAUUUGGUAAGCAGACCCAUGGUAUGAAGAUUACUGGUAAAGGUGUUGGUGGAAAUGAAUCCAGAAGUAUGGGUGCGAAAUUAGUGCUUGUUGGGGAUUCUUUUGUGUCUGAAACUGAAGGAGAGGAGGCAAAGGCUUAUUUGCAGAGUGAACCCCGUGGUGGUAAUUAUGUGGACCCUACAAAACAUGAUGAAAGACAAAAGAAAAGAGAAGCUUCAUUGGUGGAUAAGAAACCAAAAACUGAGUGCCGUUCCUUGGUUUCUAAAGGUGGGAAAGGAGAGGUUGAUGAUGAGGAUGGUUGUGUAGUUUUGCAUGACAAGAAGAUAGUUAAAGAACUGGGGAGGCAUGGUGGUAAUUCUAAAGAGCACUAUGUUUCUGAUGAGGUUAUUGUGGUUGAUGAUUCUACAGAUGAUUCUGGUUUGGAGGAUGAUAGUUCUAUUACUUUAAGUGGCCUCAAAUCUACUUACAGGUUGCCAGGUAAGAUUGCAACGAUUUUGUUUCCACAUCAGCGUGAUGGCCUAAAGUGGCUAUGGUCUCUGCAUUGUCAGGGUAAGGGUGGAAUCUUAGGUGAUGACAUGGGCCUGGGUAAAACAAUGCAGAUUUGUAGCUUUUUAGCAGGGUUAUUUCAUUCAUGUUUGAUCAAAAGAGUAAUGAUUGUGGCCCCUAAAACGCUGCUUUCCCAUUGGAUUAAAGAAUUAUCAUUCGUGGGUCUCUCUGAUAAGAUAAGAGAAUACUAUGGGACUUGUGCCAAAGCUCGGCAAUAUGAGCUUCAAUACGUACUACAGGACAAAGGCGUUCUUCUCACAACUUAUGAUAUUGUGCGGGUUAAUUCAAAAUCUUUAAGAGGGGGCCGCCAUGUCCAUGAUGAUGAAGGUGAAGAUAUCAUAUGGGAUUAUAUGAUACUUGAUGAGGGGCAUCUCAUAAAGAAUCCAAGUACACAAAGAGCCAAAAGUUUGCUUGAGAUUCCUUGUGCCCAUAGGAUUAUUGUAAGUGGCACGCCAUUGCAAAACAAUCUGAAGGAGUUGUGGGCCUUAUUCAACUUCUGUUGCCCUGAGCUACUGGGUGAUAAGCAAUGGUUUAAGGAAAAAUUUGAGUCUCUCAUUCUUCGUGGAAAUGAGAAAAAUGCUUCAGACAGGGAAAAGCGUAUUGGUUCCACAGUUGCAAAGGAACUAAGAGAACGUAUUCAACCAUUUUUUCUGCGCCGCUUAAAGAAUGAGGUAUUUAAUGAAGAUGAUGGUCAAACAAAUGCCAAACUUUCUAAAAAGAAUGAGAUCAUUGUUUGGUUAAGAUUGACUGGCUGUCAGCGGAAACUUUAUGAAGCUUUUCUAAAGAGUGAGCUGGUUCUUUCCGCUUUUGAUGGCUCCCCAUUGGCCGCACUUACGAUCCUGAAGAAAAUAUGUGAUCAUCCACUUUUAUUGACAAAGCGAGCUGCUGAAGAUGUACUAGAAGAGAUGGAUUCGAUGAUGAAGCCAGAAGAUACUUGCAUGGCAGAAAAACUAGCAAUGUACAUAGCAGAUGUUGCUGAGAAAGAGGACUUGGAUGAGAGACAGGACUUUGAUGAGAAGCAUGCCAACAUCUCAUGCAAAAUAUCUUUUAUAUUGUCUUUACUGGAAAACUUAAUUCCAGAGGGACAUAAUGUUCUUAUCUUUUCUCAAACUCGAAAGAUGCUUAAUCUUAUUCAGGAAUCACUAGUGUCCAAUGGUUACAAGUUCUUACGCAUCGACGGUACCACAAAAGCCAUUGACAGAAUGAGGGUUGUUGAUGAUUUCCAAGAGGGUAACGGGGCUCCCAUAUUUCUCCUAACAUCACAAGUAGGUGGUUUGGGCCUUACGCUUACAAGAGCAGAUCGUGUGAUUGUGGUUGAUCCUGCUUGGAACCCAAGUACGGAUAACCAAAGUGUGGAUCGUGCAUAUCGAAUUGGGCAAAAUAAGGAUGUCAUUGUAUAUAGAUUAAUGACUUGUGGGACUGUUGAAGAGAAGAUAUACAGAAAACAGAUAUACAAGGGGGGAUUGUUUAAAACUGCAACCGAGCAUAAAGAACAGAUGCGGUACUUUAGUCAACAGGAUCUAUGUGAACUUUUUAAUCUCCCAAAAGAAGGUUUUGAUAUCUCCAUUACUCAGCAGCAGCUAUAUGAGGAGCAUGAUAGCCAGCACACAAUGGACGAAUCCUUUAAGUCCCAUAUUGAAUUCUUGGAAACACAAGGCAUAGCAGGAGUCAGUCAUCACAGUUUACUCUUCUCCAAGACAGCACCUGUACCAGUUGUAGAGGAAGAGCAGGAAGCUGAAAGGAUCAGGGGAGCUUCAACUGCAGGAAGGUCAUCUUCAAAUUCUUUACUCGAAUGCAAUGUGAACGGGGCUGAAUAUGCUUUCAAGCCAAAGGAUGUAAUAUUAAACAAGAAGCCUUCUUCACCAAAUGAUGCGGGUAAACUGACAGAAUCGGAGAUUAAACAGAGAAUCAAUAGGCUGUCACAAACUCUUGCAAAUAAGGCUAUGGUUUCAAGAUUACCAGAUAAGGGAGAGAAGAUACAAAAGCAAAUUGCUGAGCUGAAUUCUGAGCUUUAUAGACUUGGUACAGUGGAAGGAAAUGAGAGAAAUGUUAUUAACCUAGAUAAUAUAACUGGGGAGUUUGAAAGGGUGUUGAUAUAA